AGCACUACCUAGAGGCUUAUAUUAAUACCCUAAGAUAAAGAAUUGGUACUUCCAUCUUCCAUCUUCAAAAAAAAAACAACCUUUGUUUUGUUUGAAGAAACCAAAACCUUAGUAUGUGGCCUCUUUUGAGAAACCUUAACAACACAAGAAAGAGUUCAAAGGUUGCUGAUGAAAACAUGUUCCAACAAGGAAACAAUGUUGUUGAGGGAAGAUUAAGAAGAAGAGAACAUCAUGGUUGGGGGAAUAUAGUGUUUAGUAUUCUUCAAGCUCCAAUUUCAAUACUCUCAUGUGUUUCUCAUCCUCAAGUGAAUGGUUCUGAUGGUGUUUGGGUAAGUGGUGGGGAGUUUUCACAAAUUUCUGAAAUGAAUCAUCUUAUGGUAAAUGAUAGCAUGAGAUAUGCAAUUUUGAUGUAAAUAAAAUAACAAUUGUUGUUGGGUUUUUUUCAUUUUACUUUAGGAGAUUGAGUUGAUCUACCAAGGUUAUGUCCUAGUCUUAUCUUUUGUUUUCAUCAAUGUAAAUUUUUUUUUAAUGAUUAUGUCAUUUUUAAUAAGUAGGUAUGUAUAUUUGGAUAGAGAUGAAAAUAUUAAUGAAAUUCCUCUUUUCCUCUUC